AUGAAAAGUAAAGAUAUACAAAAAGUUGUAAAAAUUAAAUAUGAAAAUGGUGAUGGUCCGGCAAAAAUUUAUCGUGAUUUAGCCGGAGCUGUUUCAUUACCCACAAUUAAAUUAUGGAUAAAAAUGAUCAACAAAACUGGUUCUAUCAUGCUAUCAUCUCCUCCAGGCUGUCCACGCACAUUUGCUAAUUGGGUGUUAAAUAACUACAGCAAAGAUGACACUAAAAAAUGGCUUUUCAGAGAUGAAAAGUUUUUUGACCUUGACGGCAUAUACAAUUCACAAAACGACCGGGUGUGGGCUGCCAGUAGAGAAGAAGCUGAUAGAAAAGGUGGUUUUCGUGAGAAGACCAAAUAUCCAGAAAAAGUGAUGGUGUGGUUAGGUGCAUGUGCUGCAGGCUUAACAACACCAGUCAUUUUGGAAAAUGGAACGAUGGAUGCAGGGGUUUACAUCAAUGAAGUUCUUCCAAUAGCUCUCGAAUGUGGUGAUAAAAUGUUAGGGAGCGAUUGGACUUAUCAACAGGAUGGUGCUAGACCUCACACACAUCAUCUCACUCAAGAAUGGUGUGCCAAGCAUUUUCCUGAUUUCAUCCCCAAGAAGCGUUGGCCGCCCAACUCAACUGAUUUAUGUCCCUUGGAUUACAGUUUAUGGAACGAGCUGGCUCAAUGUAUGAAUUGGGAUCGAAUAGCAACAAAAGCAACGUUGGUUGAAGAGAUAAAACGUUCCGUAACAAAAGUUGACAAAAAAAAAAUUUUUAAAUUCUGUACUUGA